CAGGGAAAAAGUACAGCCUUCAUGUUUCAGUUGCCAAUGUUGAAUUUCAGCCCCCAGCAGGUAGCGGGGGUGUGUGAGACUCUGGAGGAGAGCGGCGACAUCGAGCGCCUCGGUCGGUUCCUGUGGUCGCUGCCUGUGGCGCCCGCUGCCUGCGAGGUACUAAACCGGAACGAGUCGGUGCUGCGAGCACGCGCCAUAGUGGCCUUCCACACCGGCAACUUCCGCGAGCUUUACCACAUCCUGGAGAACCACAAAUUUACCAAAGACUCGCAUUCUAAACUACAAGCCCUGUGGCUCGAGUCGCACUACCGGGAGGCGGAAAAGCUCCGGGGCCGCCCGCUAGGGCCGGUAGACAAAUACAGGGUGCGAAAGAAGUUUCCACUGCCCAAAACUAUUUGGGACGGAGAACAAAAGACGCACUGCUUUAAAGAAAGGACCAGACAUUUGCUGCGGGAAUGGUAUCUGCAGGACCCUUAUCCGAAUCCGAGCAAAAAAAGGGAGCUUGCACAAGCCACUGGACUUACUCCUACUCAAGUGGGCAACUGGUUUAAAAACCGAAGACAAAGGGACAGAGCGGCAGCCGCGAAGAACAGGUUACAACAGCAGGUGUUGACUAACGGCUCGGUAACGGCGGACGACGCCACCGCGGACCGGCUCGGUAACGCGUCCAGCCCGGAAGCUGGUCUGUCAAGCCAAGCUGCUGCUUCCGCCAUCUCCAUCACGUCGAGUGACAGCGAAUGUGACAUCUAAUGCCGCGACACGAGACUCCCCGCGGGAGCACGACGCAAACAUUAACACGUUACCGAAGGAAUUGGAGACAGACAAUCAUCAAGACAAACAAGCACAUCGGUGCCUGCCUUAACGCAUUAAAGGCUAUGUUUUUGUUGUUAUUGGAUGGCAGUCAAAGAAGCCAGAGAUAAAACGGAAUGAUCUAUCUUUAAAAUGUAUUUAUCUUUUUAUUUCAUAACCAAGUGUGAAAUACACGAAGAGAUUAGGAGGAAUAGAUAGCGAGAGAAAGAAAGAGAGAUUCUCCUGUCCAUGUUCAAAUUACGUUAAUCGAAAUCGGACCCAUCGGACAAAUAUGGACAACGCAAAAGAACAAGCUUUUUGUUUGCUUUCAGGAGGACUUCAUGUUGAGUCGACAUUUUCAAGAUGUUUACGUAUUAAAAUUCGUGGCUCUAAUAGAA